GGUCCUUGCACCCUUGACUACACGAGACUGCGUCUCAACGAUCACCUCUGGACGGACCCGCCAGCAACCGAACUCCUCCAGCGCCGACGCAUCUACACGGGCGCCCUGAAGUCGGUCCACCCACAAGUGGCCACUUUUCAGCCCGCUUUACGAGUCUGCACCGAGUCACUGACGCCCGACAACCACGUCGACGGGUCAGACGCCUACUCCGCCAACUCUUGCAGAGCACCAUCUUUCUCUCUGUCAGCGCAACUACGACUUGACGAGACGCAUCGCCGCGACGGCUCAACCUCGGCCGGUCAGUCCGAGGGCGACACCUUCACCUCUUCCGCCGGUGUCGACGGGGCCAGGACCGAUUCCCUCUCGACUCGACUCGCCUCCUCCGGCCCCUCGGCGCUGCUCGACCCGCAGUCCAACGGCGAGCCCGACGCACUGGCGGACAGACGGCCGACGCCGACGCCGACGCGAUCCGCUCGUCUGGCCACCGCCCUGCCCGGUUGCGGAUUUGUGCCGACCGGUUGGUGUGGCGCCACGAAGCCGAGUCUUUUGGUAGGCGUCCCGAGGUCUUGGGGUUGCUGGGCCUCACUUGCCUUUAGUUACGACGAAUUGCAUAGUCAGUCUACGCUGCUAGGGGUGAUGGGAAGAAUGAUUGAAGUGGCCUGUCCUCGUUUCAACAGCGUGGAAUUGCAUAGUCAUGAGGAGUUUCAGCUUCCAACCGUGGAUUGGAUACAUUCAGCAACGUUUUGA